ACAACUCACAAUCCAAAUGGAGUAUGAGCAAUGCCAACUCUUUUCCUUCUUUUCCUCAAUCUUUUUCUUAAAGCACAAUUCUACUCCGUGUAUGUGUGUGUGUUUAUGGUGGUUGAAAAUGGAGGAUGUUAGUUCUUUUGACCCAUCUCCUAACCUGUCUUCAUCUAUACAUACUAAAGAGCUUAUUCAUGUUCUGAUGACCAAUUUCACUCUCUUUAUAAAUCUCAUCCCUCUUUUUAUCAUACUUCUAUAUCUAGUCCAACCCAUUCCCUUUUGAUGUUAUGUGAAUCGUGAUUUGUCGUCUGACUUCUCACCACCAAGAAUUUGGUCCACCUCCUGUAGACAAAACUAUGCCAUUUGGGUUAGUUUCGGCUUGGAACAAGCGCAGGCGAAGCAAGUCUCAAGAUUGCAACGAACCCUGGACUUAUAAGCCCGUUGAGUUGUGGCAGCUGGACGAUCAAGCUCUACGACCUGCAAAAAGACACCAUGUAUCAUCAGUCUUUACUCUCAAGGAAAUGGAAGAGGCAACUUCUUCUUUUAGCGAUGAGAAUUUUCUCGGCAAAGGAGGCUUUGGACGAGUUUACAAGGGAACCUUGAAGUCGGGAGAGAUUGUUGCAAUUAAGAAGAUGGACCUACCACACUUUAAAGAAGCCGAGGGCGAGCGUGAGUUCCGUGUGGAAGUUGAUAUAUUGAGCAGGCUUGACCACCCAAACCUGGUUUCCUUAAUUGGCUAUUCUGCUGAUGGAAAGAACAGAUUCUUGGUAUAUGAAUAUAUGUCUAACGGAAACCUCCAAGACCACUUGAAUGGAAUCAGAGAAAAGAAGAUGGAGUGGCCUCUAAGGCUCAAAGUGGCACUCGGUGCAGCAAGGGGACUUGCUUAUCUCCAUUCAGGUUCUUCCAUUGGGAUUCCGAUUAUUCAUAGAGAUAUGAAGUCCACUAACAUUCUUUUGACAGCUGAUUUUGAAGCAAAGAUAUCUGAUUUCGGGCUCGCAAAAUUUAUGCCGGAGGGCAGCGAGACAUACGCCACAGCCAGAGUGCUUGGCACUUUUGGCUAUUUUGAUCCUGAAUAUGCAUCGACGGGAAAACUCACAUUGCAAAGCGAUGUUUAUGCAUUUGGCGUGGUGCUUCUCGAGCUCUUGACGGGGCGAAGAGCCGUGGACUUAAACCAAGGACCGAAUGACCAAAAUCUGGUCCUACAGGUGAGGCACACAUUGAAUGACCGGAAGAAGUUGCGGACGCUGAUAGAUCCCGAGAUGAACCGGACUUCAUAUACAAUGGAGUCCAUAACCAUGUUCGCGAACUUGGCAUCACGCUGCGUCCGUCCUGACAGUGGGGAGAGACCACUGAUGGCCGAAUGCGUCAAAGAGCUUCAGCUGAUACUGUACACGAACUCGAAAGGCUUAAACAUGGCUUUGCAUAAAUCUGGUUAUCAAUGGCUCAGACCUAGUUCUGGAGGUUUUCUUGUAUAGAGACAGAAGAAGAUAGAAAAACAGGACACGAUCUAGAAUAUACGCUAAAAAUAUGGUUUUUUUUUCCCACUGUUUCCAUGUAUUAUGGAAAGCUUUACCCCGCGGCAAUUGUUUUCGAAUAUGCAACGGUGUAUAACAUGAACUUAUGCGUUCUACCAAAAAAAAAAGAAGAAUUUUAUGGUACUUUUGAAAA